AAAGGCCUGGUAUACUGUAUUACCUUCAUUUUAGUUUUGUUGGUCUUCUUGUUUGAAAUCAGUGCAUAUUGACUGUGAGAAUUUGUUGUGUUGCUUAAUCAGGUCUUACCUGUCUUGUUGCUGAGCUUCUUUUGCCCACACCCUGAUUCUCCGAUCCCUUUUUCUGUUCAGAGGUUUUUGAGAGAUCUCUUGGUGAAACUCUCUUCCUCUUUGGCUAUAGCUAUUUCAUUCAAACCAGAAUUUUACAAAUCGAUCAGAUUUACUACGAAUCUGAGGGUUAAUCUCAUUUACCCAUUACCAGCAGCUAAUGAUAAUACAAUCUUGAUUGGGGAAAGAGGAGUUGGCGGGAUGCUAGUUUCUGGAAUUGGAAUAAACUAUUGUAAAUGUCAGCUAUAUUACGACGUCUCAGAUGGGUCAUAACUGGUCUGAACAAAUCAGCGCCUAAGAAACUACAUAUUACUGAUGUGAGACCCUUGCCUCUGUUAACCCCGUCUCAACAGAAACAGACACAAUUGCUUGACCUCAGCUCCCUGGAGCCUAAAGCUAAAGAAUCUGAACAACCAAUGCUGGAGGCUGUCCAUGAGAUUGCCAUUUACAUUCACCGGUUUCACAACCUUGAUUUAUUCCAGCAAGGGUGGUAUCAGAUCAAAAUAACAAUGAGGUAGGAUGAUGAGUACAGCUCAUUGGGAACUCCAUCAAGAGUUGUUCAAUAUGAAGCUCCUGAUAUGGGUUGUGAUGACAUAUGUGGAAUAUGGAGAAUCAAUGACACAGACCAUAGCUUUUCAACUCAGCCUUUUCGAAUUAGAUAUGCCAGGCAGGAUGUUUUUUUGUCAAUGAUGGUUGCUUUCACGUUACCUCUCAGUAAACAUGAGGGUCUAUCCACAUCAGCUGUUUUAUUGAAGUUUGAGCUCAUGUAUGCUCCAGUGUUGGAGGACAGCUCAAAUUUGCUAGCUUCAUUGGAUGCAUGCCCUGCUGCCGUUCAUGAAUUUCGUCUUCCUCCCAAAUCUCUUCUGGGGCUACACACAUAUUGCCCUGUUCACUUUGAUGCCUUUCAUUCAGUUCUAGUUGAUAUCACCGUACACAUCAGCCUUCUAAAAGGUGGCCUUUUGCCCUCCUCACUGCAGGUACCCAGUGGUUCUCUAGGUCGCGAAGUUGCUGGCGAAAAGAAUGAUACCUCGAAGCAAGUAUUGCUUAUUAAGGCAUUUGUAACUGCUCGUGAUCUGCUCAUUGAAGAAUUACAAAAUCUCAGCAAGGCUAUUAAUCAAACAGUUGAUAUUCCUGAUUUUACUUCUAAGCUUGAUGAUAACGAGUUUUUGGGAUGCUUUGCAAGCAGGGAUGAGGAAAAUACUGAUCUUGUUGUUUCAGGAAAAGAGUCGAGCGAAUACAAUAAUGGCUUUCAGAAAGGAAACAUUGACACUCAAAGUUUUAGAACUCUGGAUUCGUUAUCUAAUGAUGAAUUACGCUCAUUUCACUUACUUGGGAAUCAAACAUUUCACUUGUGGAGUACGUUUUCGAAGUUUCACAGGGCUAACAAAAUAAAGAUUCUUGAACAUUUACAAGAUCAAUGGGCUAUUGAUCGGAGAGCGGAAUGGUCAAUAUGGAUGGUUCACUCUAAGGUUGAGAUGCCUCAUCAAUAUAUAAGUAGUGCUGUUGAUGACUCGUCCUACCAUGGUUUUCAUGGGAGAGCACCUGUUCUGCGGAAAAUUUCUGAGGAUCCAGCCCAAACUGCAGCUAUGCGAGCUGAGCUUCAUAGACGAAGUAUUGCCCAAAUGAGAAUCAAUAGUAGAUCCAUUCAAGACCUGCAUAUAUUUGGAGAUCCAUCACGGAUUCCAAUCAUGCUUGUAGAGCGGACUGUAAAUGCACCAUUACGUUCAACCAGUGGAAAUUCAUACUUCAGCCGUGCGGAUCAGAAGAACAAAGUAAGCCCACUUUCAGAAGUUGGAUCCAAAGCGAUGGACAAAUUAUCUGGUGUGAGCUCCCGGCAAAGUGGUCGUGUUUUGAAAAUAGUUGUCUUUGUCCAUGGGUUUCAGGGGCAUCACCUGGACUUGCGACUAGUUCGUAAUCAAUGGCUUUUGAUUGAUCCUAAGGUAGAAUUUUUAAUGUCAGAGGUUAAUGAAGAGAAAACAUCUGGAGAUUUUAGAGAAAUGGGACAGAGACUAGCUCAAGAAGUAGUCUCUUUCAUAAAGAAGAAGAUGGAUAAGGUCUCUAGAUCUGGAGGUUUACGAAGUAUAAAGCUAAGCUUCGUUGGACAUUCAAUUGGGAACAUCAUUUUGAGAACUGCAUUAACAGAGAGUGUUAUGGAACCAUACCUCAGAUUCCUUUAUACCUAUGUAUCUGUUUCUGGUCCACAUCUAGGAUAUUUGUACAGCUCGAAUUCUUUAUUCAAUUCCGGAUUGUGGCUCUUGAAGAAGCUCAAGGGCACACAAUGCAUUCAUCAGCUUACUUUCACGGAUGAUCCAGAUCUCCAAAAUACUUUUCUGUACAGACUUUGUAAGCAAAAGACCUUGGAGAACUUCAGGAACAUUAUUCUCUUAUCUUCACCGCAGGAUGGUUACGUGCCAUAUCAUUCUGCAAGAAGAUUCGAUUUGACGAUUUGA